AUGUCAGCUGAUAGUCUUAGUGCAUCGUUAGGUGAUAUAUCCCUAUCCGGGGAUGAAGAAACGUCAAGUUUUCAACCUAUUAAAGAUGAUCAAAGUAAUAAGACCUUUAAUAAUAAUAAUAUAAAUAAUGAUACUCAAAACACUUUAUUAGACUCUCCAGAAAUUCAAAAUGUUAUGAAUUCUGAUAUCGCAAUUAAUGCAUUAUUGACAAGAUUAAAAACAUCUUUAUUAACUUGUGAAGAAUUUACCAAAUUUUUACGUAAAAAAUAUUUAUUUGAAGAAGAACAUACAGAAGAAUUAUCAAAACAAUAUAAACAUUUUUUCACAACAACUAAUGGUGUAUCUUCAUUAAGAAAAAUGAUCCAUGACGUUUUAGAAUUUGAUGGGAAAUUAGCUAAAGUGAAACAAAGUUAUUUAACUGCUUUACAAAAAAUGUAUGAUGAAAUAAGUGCUUUAUUAUUAACUAUUACAAAAAUGAGAAAAAGUGUUAAAGAAAAUAGUAGACGUCUUGAAAAAGAUGUUGUUGAUGCUAUUCAUGCAGCAGAAAAAGCACAAAGUCGUUAUAUUUCUUUAUGUCAAGAUUAUGAAAAAGUAAGAAUGGCAGAUCCUUCAAAGACAAAAUUAACAUUAAGGGGUUCAAGGACAACAAAGGAGCAAGAAGAAGAUUUAUUAAGAAAGAUCGAUAGCGCAGAUUUAGAAUAUAAACAACGUGUUGAUCACUCAGAUUCUUUAAGACAUAAUUUCUUAACUAGAGAAAGACCAAGAAUUGUACAAGAAUUAAAAGACUUAAUAUUAGAAUUAGAUACAGCAAUGGCUAUUCAAUUACAAAAAUAUACUAUUUGGACUGAAAAUUUAAUUCUUAAUAGCGGUGUUACUGUUAGUCCAUUUGAUAAACCACAAAAUUCUAUGAAAGGUAUUGCUAAUUCCGUUAAAAAUGAACAAGAUCUUUACAAUUUCUUAAAUAAAUAUAAUGCUUCUAGUAAAAGUGGAUUACUAUUAAACAAGAAUUUAAUACCAGUUGAAUAUAAAAAACAUCCAUCGAUGGCUAAACGUAGGAACAGUGUAAAUAAAGCACCACCUAAAUAUGCUGUUGAUCCUGCAAGGAAUUCGAUUCCAAAGAGAAUUUUAUCGACCCACAAUGAAUCACCUUUCCAUCCUAGCUCAUCAACAAAUUUCGGAACACCUAUUAUUGCGUCCAAUUCGUCCAGUAAAUAUGCAUCAUCAACUCCAAUGGGAACUUCUCAAUUAUCAAGUACAACAUCAAGGUCAUUUGUACCAUUGAACCAACCUUCAAAACCACGUAAAUCCAUAGACACAUUUAAUGGAAAUGAAAAACAGGCAACAGUAUCGAAUAAUAAUCCAAAUAGUAGAAAUGGAGGUAACUUCCAUUCUUUAGAUCCAGGUAAAGGUGAUGCAAGGAUGCCAAGUAUAUCUAAUACAUUAGUAUCAACCGAUACAACCGAUUCCGAUAGGCCUGUAUCUUAUUUACAGACGGAUGUAAGAAUGCCUGCAGGUGUUCAGAAUAAUUUUAAAACAUUUGGGGUACCAUUAGAAAAUUUAAUCGAAUAUGAACAAGACAUGGUUCCGGCUAUUGUACGUCAAUGUAUAUUUGUUAUUGAUAAAUAUGGUUUACAAUUAGAAGGUAUCUAUAGGAAAUCUGCCAAUGUAUUAGAUGUUAGCAAACUAAAGGAGGAAAUAGAUAAAGAUCCUUCGAAUAUAUCCAUGAUCCUACCUGGAAAUAACCAUUCCGAUUCUGAUAUCUAUUUAGUGGGAUCAUUACUUAAAUCCUUUUUCUCUCUGUUACCAGAUCCUUUAGUACCGGGCAUAAUAGGACCAGAACUAAAAACUUGUAUAUCCAUAGAGGAUCCUAAAACAAGAAAAAAUUAUAUGCAUAACUUAUUGUAUAAGUUACCUGACGCCCAAUAUUGGACGUUACGUUCCCUAUUGUUCCAUUUAAAAAGAAUUAUAGCUAAUGAAGAAUCCAACAGAAUGAAUCAAAAGGCAGUUUGUAUCAUAUGGGGCCCAACAAUUGUACCUAUUAAUGAAGAAGAUCCAAAUGAUGUGAAUUAUCAAAUUGCUUCAAUGGAAGUGCUAUUGGAUGUUGCUGAUCAAGCAUUCGAACCAGAAUAA